AUGAGAUUCUUUAUCAUCCUUCUUUUGGCUUUUUUGGCUGUCACUGCUCUUGGUAAGUUUUGAACUUACAAGUUUUUUUAAUUUAAAUUUCGUAUUUUAAAGCCUAAAAACAACGUUUUUUAAAAUUCUGUAGGAGCCGCCCACCACGGUAAGAAGCCCGUUCACAAGAAGCCAGCUCACCACCCUCCAGCCCACAAAGGACCAGCUCACAAAGCCCCAGCCAAAGCCGGUACUAAAGCUCCAUCUGGAACUGGUGCCACUUCAGUUGCCAAGAGUACUGGUGUUGCUGCGGCCGCUACUACUGCCAAAGCUUCUUAA